AUGAUAGCACCUAAGAUUAAAUUGCGGGUGUUCAUCAACCUCCUUGCGGCAUCUCCUGGACAUCCUCUGAAAUCUCGAUCUUCGCAAGAACAGUGUGGUCAAAAACGCCCCCGAUCGUUUGUAUUGGUUGACAAGGAUAACAAUCCAUACCCAAUGAAGCCAGCCGAUAGGAAGUUCUGGGAACUCAAUUUGAUUGAUCAGGAUCGCUUAAAUCUGAACGAAUAUUCAGUGAGUGCUUCUCGUGCCAACCCCAAAAGAAACAGGUAUAGCAAUGUCUCGCCAUACGAUGCAACUCGAGUUCGACUUCCACUGACUCAAAACGACUACAUUAAUGCAAGCUACAUCAAUCUUCCCAAUAAUUGGACAUAUAUCGCUUGCCAAGGACCUAUGCCAGAAACCAUUAGUCACUUUUGGGCAAUGGCUUUUAAUGAAGCAGAGAAGGCACACAAUGAUACUAUUGUCGUCAUCAUGUUGACGCCUCUCAUGGAGCAAAGUAUGGUGAAAUGCCACCAAUACUGGCCAUCGACUAAUCAAUCCUGGGACUUGGAUGCAGACGACGUCGACUUGAAUGGUGUGAAGAUUACGAACAUAUUGGAAGAGGUUGCUGAAACCGGGAACUUUUCAUUAACUACCCUUACUCUCGAGGCUAAUGGCAAAACCAAGACGGUGAAGCAUUUCUAUUAUUCCCGUUGGCUGGAUGCGAAGGUACCCCCCAGUGCCUCAGAAUUGUAUGAACUUUCGGAUGCCAUUAAUGAGUCGAGGGUGGCGAAUCCUGGCGUUCAGCUAGUACCAAUUGUGCAUUGCCUGGCCGGUGUAGGCCGUACUGGUACCUUUAUCGCUGUUGAUCAACUCAAGUAUGGCAUUUACAAGGAUGCUAUUAAUAAUACAGCGGAACUGCCAAUUGCUAGUAUUGUCGAGAUAAUGCGUAACCACCGCAUGAUGAUGGUGCAAACCGUUUACCAAUACCGUUGGCUCGAGGACGUUUACGAACAAAUGAGAAAGACUUCUAAUGACCCAAUCAACUCGGAGCUCUCAUUCGAAGUUUGA